GUGAGCAAGCACAGAAGCCGAGAGCUCACGUAGUGAAUAGUGUGUCUACUCAAAAGAAAUAAUAAGGAGUUCUUUUCUUAUAUUGGACACUAAAAGACUACCCAUCGAAGAUGAAGUCUCCAAAGAUAAAGUCACAGAGCAAAUCAUAUUUUGAGGAAGAUGUCGACCUUAAUGCCGUGUUAUGUGAAUUCGACGCUGUCAUUGAGGAUUUCACGUCCCCCGUGGAGAAGAGACACUUCAGAUAUGAUGAACACUUGAAAACAAUGAAGAGACGGAGCAGCGCGAGCGUCAGCGACAGCGGAAUCAGCGACUCUGAGAGUGCAGAGUCCUUGAACAGAAACAGUUUCUGCUUUAGUGAUGAGAAGCUCAACUCUCCCACUGUCUUCUCUCCCACAUCAAAUAAUCCCUUGGUCUCUCCUAAACCUAAACUUGGAGACACUAAAGAACUAGAGGACUUCAUUGCUGACCUUGACAGAACAUUAGCAAGCAUGUGAGUUUGGAGACGAGAUGACUGGGGCCCACCACAUUGUAGCUCCGCUAUGAGAAGACGGCCAGACAGCACCUGACAAACCUGAACUACUGUGAAGAUUGAGAAGACAUGGUCAUGGUUUAACAUACGGAAUGACGAUGGAGUCAUUUAAAAACACCUAUUGGACACUUGCUCCCAUAAACACACAGAAAGAACAUAAAUGCAUUUCACAGUAAUGGCUGUGCUCUCUAAAAAACUUGAGCUGUAAGAUUAUUUAAAAAGCUUUUUACAGAAUUAUAUUUUUAAUUUUAUAGAGUUGGUUAUGUAAAUGUAUCUGCAAUACAAUUGUUUUGUGAAUAUAUAUAUUUUUGUAUUUCAUGUAAAUAUUGUUCUCUGUCGCCUUGCUAUAAGAAGCCUUUUCUGUAUCAAAUAUUUAAUUAAUAAUUUAGUUUCAAAUCAUGAACUGAACAUGAGCAUAAACAUUAAGAAUUAAUAAGCAUACAUUCUUAAUUAAAUGGAUAAACUGGAAAAGUGAUAAAAUGUAUUUAAUACAACGAAUGUCCUCAAGAGAUUAAAGUUGGAAAUAGAUGUU